AUGUUUGGCAAACUCUUCGGCAAGUCAACACCGGCAGCGCCUCCCAUUCCCCCGGCGCCACCUCUAGCACCAGACGACCCGCCGCUGCCUCCGCCAGCAGCUCCUCCACCACCUGGACCAAAUGCAUCCACAGUUCCGAAAAGCCAACCCCCAGCUCCAACCGCUGCAUUUGAGGUGGUUGGAGCUCCACCAAAGGAACCACCCAAAGCACCACCAACCCCUCCGGACGGUUCGGACCAGUCACCACCGCCCCCUCCAGCUCCUCCGGCGAAAGCUGUGCAGAAAGCCUCCUCUUGGUUCGGAUCCUUCUUUGGCUCGAAAGCUCCAAAAGCACCUAGUCCACCACCACUUCCUGCAGCGCCCCCACCUCCUGGCGAUGCACAAGUAACAGCACCAGAGUCCAAAGCAGCUGGACCUGCUCCACCCACACUUCAAGCCCCGGCACCAGCAUCCAUCUCGACUUUGCCACCUGGCUCUCAGCCAGCGCUUGCAGCACCUGCGGCCCCUGCAGCCCCUGCAGCCCCAGCUCCUGCAGCUCCUGCCCCUGCUCCAGCCGUCACAUCGGUCCCAACACUUCCUGCACCCAGCGUUGCAGCUGCACCUGCAGCUUCAGCUGCGACGCCCAGCCUGCCACCAGUGGUGACCCGGCCUGCCCCUGAGCGCUUGCCGCCGCCCACAACUCAACCAUCCCAACUCCAGCCGCCCCCACAACCAGGGCAAGCACAGGACCCCAGCCAAGCUCAGGUUGCACCUUUACCACCAGCAGCACCAGCAGCUCCUCCACUGUGCACACUUGCGCCACCUGUCCGACAAGCACAAGCGCUUCCUCGACGGCCACCCGAAAUGCGACCAGUGGACCUCGAGGAAGCAUUGCAGAGUUGGCUUUCUUUGAAGCAGGAUCGCCGUUGCUUGGGUCCAACACCACCUGCUCAUGGUGCUAUGGGCCACGAAGAGUCCAGACUCUAUGUUGUGCGAAUGACUGCGGUGGGGGAGAUUGAGGUCCCGAUCGCUGCCAACGGUACUUUGCAGAAGGCGGCACUCGCCCGCUUGGCACGUGCUGCGGAGGAAGAGAUGCCGCAGGCGCUGAAUUUGCAGAUCCGGCUCUCACUUCUGUACACCCCUCUGGGUGGGAGGCCGGAGCUCUACGGCUAUAGCUUCUCUGGUGCUCGACUGCGAGUUCAGCGGGUCCAGAGCCGAUUGGCAAGCAAUGCCAGUGAGGGAACGUUCGUGGUUCAUGCCAUCGCAGAGCCAGCGUCUCUUUUCUUUUUCAGAUCUGCCGUCGCCAGCAAAGAAGUGCAGGUUCUGGCCGAAGUGUUGGCCUUCGAGGAUGCCCCCAAGAAGCCAGCGGUUGGAUCGACAGUCCCGGCAAGCAGGAUCUGGAAGCUUGCAGUACCAGUCGCAAAGGCAAAGCCGCAGCCCAAGACUCAGGCGAAGGCCAAAGCCAAGUCAGGGAACGGUUCCCUUGCUGGGAACCCCGAGCAAGCACAAACUCAGCUAGACCAGCCCUUCAAACCCUUGGGACCUUCGCCCGGGGGCAGAGCAGAGUCGGCCUGGCCCCUUUCUGGUGGAACCUAUCCAGCGCCACUCUAUGCGGAUCCGCCUCCUGAGUGCGUACUGGCCUGGACGUUGCUCCGCUUCGACUUGGCCACCGAGUCGCGCGGUGCCCUGAAGGCUGAGCUGCGGCCCGGCAGACUUCGCGAGCACUUGGCGAAGAACCUUCCAGGGAAGAGCACUGCUGCCGCAGAGGCAGAGUUAAGUCGCCUUUUUGCGGCAACAUUCAAGGCGAAGCAGCCGCCCUUGCUGGAGUGUGAUGUUCAGGUGAUCCCUUUGGAUGAUGCACCUCGUCGCCUGCUGCCGCAUGAUUUUCCUGCAGUGACAGAAUCUCAUCGCAUGGGCGGCCUGGAAGUCAUAGAGGAUGUGUCCGGGUUGCAGAUCGAUGGAGCUCUCAGUGCCAAUGCCCUUGACCCCGACGUGACUGUCAGAGGGCUUCUGGUGACUCUGCCGGAUGCUGGCUGGAUGGAGAGCUUCCUCAGGUCGGUCCCACAGCCGCCGCAGAUGGCCGGUGUGCCUGCCAGCGUAGCUUGGGAGCUACAGGAACUUCAUGUCUUGGUCGGUUCUCACAAUACGCUGCGUUGGCUAGAUGAACCGCUUCGAGGUCUCACGGCAGGGAUGGCUGCGCACUACCCUUUGGAUGACACUGGCCACACGUGGCGGCUGAAGCUUGACAAGCUGGAGGACGGCCAGCGGUUCUGGUUUGGUGGCGAGGUUCCUGUGGAAUUUGUGUGCCACCCAGACUGUGCGGUUGUCGUGGAACUCGUGGCCGUGCUCCGGGCACCUGGUGCGUCUGCACCACCUGUGCAGGUCACACAGGCCGCGACGACGCCACUUCUGGCCGACCCCGGACAACCCCAGGAUCUACUGCAGAAACAGACGCUGGGAUGGUUGCUUUUGCUCCCGUUCUACCAAACGACGAGUGAGGGGCUCCUGAAAGCCGCCGCAGCUUCCGGCGAACGUCCCUCUUUGGCCUUCGAUGUGCAGUUUUACGGAGGGCCGGGCUUGUCCAUGCUUGCCGAGGAGGUUUGGUCUCCAGCAGCCCAGGGCCCAACCACUAUUUCGACCAGGCCAGCUGAGACUGCGAAGCCCUCCCGGCCGGCACUGUCAGCCAGCAAGAUUUCAUGCAGCUUUCAGCUUUGCGGCGACCGCUUGAUACAGUGGCUGCGGCAGCACAUACCCUUGCCAAAACCGGAAAUCCAGGAACCGCCGCCCAAGCCAAUGACCCUUCAGCCGCUGCCGUCGGUCUCUCCGCAGACGGCACUGGCAGUGCCAGCUGCACAGGGUCUUCCUUACACGCCUCCGCAGUUGGCUCCAACUCAGCCAGCAAGUGCUCUGCCAGUGCCAGUGCAGGCACCAGUGCCAGCGCCAGGCCUGGCCGUUUAUCAGCCAACUCUGGCGCCUGCUUCAAUGGUGGUUGCAGCACCUGCACCAGCACCAGCACCCGUGGUGGAGAAGAUCUACCUGCGAGAUCAGGCGGUGCAAAGCGAUCCACCAGCGAUUCAAGGUGUCGACGACAACUUCAUUGGUGACGCCAAGCCCAAAGCGUCCUCUGUGGCCACUGAAACCGGCCCUCCCGCCCGGCCACUCAGCGCCGUGGACAAGGCCAACCUUCUGCAAGGCACCAGCGGUGCAGGACUCAAGCCACCGGGACCAUCCGUGCCCGCAGGUGAGAGCGUGCCUCCCAAGCGUGAGCUCCGCUGGAAAUUCGAGGAUGAGGACAUGCUCCAAGCAGACGAAAUAUCCUUGGAGCUCCUCACACUGCGCAGCUUUUCGCCUGUGGACGGGGAGCGAAUCUACUUCCAACUGCGCUUUUUCCAGUUUCCACCGGUGAGGACGGUACCAGCAGCAUUGUCUGGCAAGCCAGGGGAAGCCUGCCUCUUGCGAAGUGCCGUCACCAACGAGCGCCUUGCGAUGGUCUUUCACAUGGACGGCUACGUGAACGGCUCGGUGGCCACUUCCGCUGCAUCCGUGCAUCGUCACCUGGUGAAUUAUCUCAGUGCCCGCAGUGCGGACAUCGAGAUUUGGAGCGCCGAGUCUGGCAUGCAUAUCGGGUCGACAUCAGUGCCUCUUGAGAUGUUAGUCAGGCAAGGACAUCAAGUGGCGAAGGUGGAGGCUGAAUAUGCUGUACUGGAGCCUUUGUCAGGUGAGCCCAAGGGAACGCUGCGGAUGCUACUGGUAAAUCGUGGCCGCACACCCACUCCGUACCAGCACUUAAACUCCAACAACCUCCCCUCACCACCACCAGACGACAAAGGCCAUCCUCAGCCACCUCCUGCACCUUCUCCACCCCGUGGAAGGACCCGCCACAAAGUGUCAGCUCUGAUCGAGCCCGGUUCAGAGCUUCAUGGUGCACAACAUCUAACAGGCCAGGCCACCGUGGCUGAAGAGCUCAGCCAGCGGAAGCACGAGAGGCUAAAGCAGCUGCGCAUGCUUCGCAAAUCAGAUCUGCAAGCAGAUCCAUUUUCCAACCACUCCGUGCUUCUGGCGGCGGCAGAGUCGGCCCGACAGGAGCGCAAGAAGCAAGAGGUUGCAAGAAGGAUGGACCGCUUCAACACGACACAGCAGUCCCUCACCGCGAGUUUUGCCACUCCCUCGUAUUUCUCUGUGGACUUCACCAAUCCGUACGGGCAGCAGGCAGUCUUCUCGGUUCUGGUGACUGGGGACAAGCCGCGAGCACCGGAAGUCUUGCCUGCAGUGCCCCCACAGCAGCCACUACAAGGCGUUCUCAUGGACAUGCCCGAGCAGGCCCUGAUGCUGGUCAAAGACCCAGAGGAAUGGCGGCGGCUCGUGUCGCUUGGUGUCGUGCCCACAGCACCAUCAGGCGACUUUUCACGCCUGGCUGCUGGAUCGUUCGUUCUCAAUCCCAAGGAAAGCAUCAGCUUGCCUUUUCGUUACUUGGAUUUCAAUUUCCCCGGCUUCGACACGACAGCCCAGCUGGCCCCUCCUUCCGGCCUCCGCUUGGCUGAUGUGGCUGCGGUUGUGGCAGGGCCAAGCAGAAAAGAUUUCAGGGUGGAGGUGGCUCUGGAUCAUGGCCCCGUGAUGCGAUGCGUGGAGGUUUCGGUUGUUUCCCAGCCCACCUCAAUCGACCGGACGGUGCGCUUCUUCGAGGCUGAGGGCACUGCGGCCGAGAAGGCAGUGGCACUGCCGCCCUCACCAGACCCGUCAUCAGGGAGUUGUUACGUGUACUGCACCAACAGAGACGUUCAUGUGCAACGGAAGGAGCAGGAUGAGGUCUCCUUGCGUUUCAUCGCUCCUCAAUCGCCAAACGUGUUGUCCUUCUUUCUGGUCUUCUACGCGGAUCCGCAUUUUAACCAAGUUGUGGCCAUCCAACUUAUCGAUAUCCAGGGCUUGCGCAUUGAGCGGAUCCGUCUCGUGGUGGGCCAAAGCGUCGAGCGUGCGAUCUGCCUGGCACCGGCCGAGGUUCUGGAUGCCGGAGCCGUGCGAUUGCAUUCUUCGAACUCCGAGGUCGUUAAUGUGCAGCAUACAGCAGAGGUGGAUCCACGCUAUGGGGUGAAGUUCACGGUUCUGAUCACCUCCAUGCAGGUCGGAAGCCGCGCCUGCCGCUUGCACGCGGUGGAUCCCGCGAUGCGCCGGCUCGUUGCCGCACUCCUUGUCGUGGUUGCAGCAGAUCCUCCAGAAGUCAAGAUGGUCCACAGCAUCACUCUGCCCGUCCUAACCGCCGUCCGCAAGCGCCUCCUUUACAAGAACGAGGCAGUCCGGCCAAUCAAGUACAUCGUGCGAUGUUCCGAACCAGCUCUGGUGACAGUGCAGUCCCCCGAGCUGGUCAUCAAUUCACUGGACACGCGAUGCAUCGAACUCUUGUUUCAUGCUGUUCCUGCUACGCUGUCCUACAAUGCUGAGGUCUUCCUUUUCAUUACAUCGGAAGAUCGUGCCAUUCACGAGACUCGCAUGCUGGAGCUUGCCUACACGUGA